AUGAAGCUCCUUGAAGCCGUCGCCUGCACCGUAGCGCUGUUGCCACUCGCUGCGGCAGACUGGCAAUUCAAAUCUCGAACCGACCUGGCCCCGCCUCGUCUGAACAUCACCAUCCCGGCCACAAAGGAUGUCGAGAAAGGUUACCUCUUCAUCGCGCCUUUCCCCGGUCAAUGGGCUGAGCCGCAGUUCCAUGGUCCGCGCCAAGAAGCUCCGUAUAUCGUUCGCGAUGACGGUGAGCUCGUCUGGUCGGGCUAUACCUACUUCUCCAUUUGGGCCACCAACUUCCAGAAGGCCAGAUGGAAUGGUCGGGAUGUGCUGUUCAGCUUUGAAGGUGAUCAUAACCCGGCCUAUGGACAUGGUCAUGGUCAUGCUACCAUUCUGAAUCAGAAAUAUGAGACGAUUCGGGAGCUCCGCGCGGGAAACCAUAAGCUUAUGGAUAAGCAUGAAUUCCAUGUUAUCGAUGAGAAGACUGCAUUGCUUCAGGUCUAUCAGCCUGUGCCGAAGGAUCUGUCUCGCUGGGGUGCUAGCCCUGAGCAACAGUGGAUUGUCGAUGCUAUAUUCCAGGAGUUGGACCUUCAGACUGGAGAACUGCUAUUUGAGUGGUCUAGCUUGGAGCAUGUAUCUCCUGAUGAGGCGGUCCUCCCUCUCAACCCCGGUCAAGCAGGUGCAGGCUACAACUCAUCCGACGCAUGGGACUACUUCCAUAUUAACUCUGUGGACAAGGAUGUCGAAGGCAACUACCUGAUUUCCGCUCGGGAUGCUUGUGCAGUCCACAAGGUCAAUGGUACCACUGGAGAGAUCAUCUGGCGACUGGGUGGUUUACGCUCGGACUUUGAACUCGGACCCAACGUCAGGUUCUGCUUCCAGCAUCACGCACGCUUCGUCGAGCAGGGUGACAAUGAAGAAAUUAUCUCUCUUUUCGAUAACUCCGCUCAUGGAACAGAGAACCACGGCGGCAAAGAGGUCCACACUCAUCCUUUCUCACAGGGCAAGGUCAUUUCCGUCAACACUGUCACCUGGACUGCGGACAUUGUUCAAGCUUUCCAGCCUCCCGACGGACUUCUCGCCAAAUCUCAAGGCAGCACCCAGCUUUUGCCCAACAACAAUGCCCUGGUCAAUUGGGGCUCCGAAGGAGCUGUGACCGAGUUCCGGGCGGACGGUACCCCGAUUUUCCACGCUUAUAUGGACUCAGGACGGUUGGGCGAGGGUGUCCAGAAUUAUCGAGCAUUCCGAUACAACUGGACUGGCCUACCCACAGAAGAACCCGCUAUUGUAGCCGAGAAGACCUCCUCGGGUACCGGAAUUUUUGUUUCGUGGAACGGUGACACCGAGACGGCGGUCUGGCGAUUCUAUGCUGUUACAGAUGGAUUUGGGUCCCGGGAAUUCUUGGGCGAAGCUACACGCGAUGGAUUCGAAACUUCCUUUUUCCUGGCUAGUCACUCGUACCAGAGAUUGACAGCUGAGGCUGUCUCGGCCCGUGGCUGUGUUUUGAGUACUACUCGGGUUACUCAUGUCCAAAAUGCGGUGGUUCCCCCCGGUACUAUUAUUGCAGGAUCUGAUGACCGUAGCUCGUGGAGACAGUUGAUCUUGCAGGCAUAG